GUUUUUAUUAACACAAAAAAAAUCUAAUGAGCACAGUUAAGAUUAAAAAUGCUAGAACAAACAAUACAAAUCUAGAUAGGUAAGUUUAGUACAACUUUGCAUAUUAUUUAUUUAUUUUAAACAUUUAAAAAAAGUUAUCGAGUCUGAUGAAUGAAAAUUAACAAUAUGAUCCCGCCUUGCAAACGGACGUUUAAAUUUCACCUUCAAAUUUAGGAUCCUGCCUACUUAAAACAAAAUAAUAGUGCUUUUCGUUUCACCGUUCAUUCAGUUCUUUAUUUAAUUCCACGCAAUGGUGACGUUAUUAAAUAAAACCCAUCACACAGGUGCUUAAAACUUGUUUCAAAAUUUAAUGAAUACAUAACGUGGUUUAAAUGGCGUACAAACAUUAGUUUAAGAAUGUGAAUAUAAAAGAUUUUACUUUAAUAAUUAUUGAAUAAAAAAUGGAUUCAAACAAAGCACCGACACAAUCCCAAUUAUCAAUGAAUUCCAUUGCAAAUGUAGAAAUCAAAGUUACAAAGUAUAGAUGGACAAUUCUAUUUAUCAUAGGAUUAGUCAGUAUAAUGAACUUUAUGCAGAUGUUGCAAUUUUCCAUUAUUGCUAAUAUUAUAACCAAAUUUUACAAUGUAGAAUCCUACUGGGUAGACAUGACCACUUUGAUAUUUUUCCUUUCUUACAUAUUGUUUUUCUAUCCAGUUAGUUAUUUAAUUGAAAAAUAUAAUCUCAAAUGGACAGUUGUAGUAGCAACAGCUCUAACUCUAGCUGGAAGCAUUUUGAAAAUAUUCGCCCCAAAAUCAGAUCUUUUUUGGCUAAUAUUGUUAGCACAAUUCCUAAUUGCUAUAGGGCAAGUCCAAUUGUCUAGUUUGCCUUCAAAAUUAGCUACCACGUGGUUUGGUUGUGAAGAAGUAUCUACCGCUUGUGCCAUUGUAGUAUUGGGAAUGCAAUUAGGCUCAGGUUUAGGAUGUAUUCAAUCGCCUUUUUUAAUCACCGGCACCGAUAAUGAUACAAUUAGUUUGGAGUUGUAUAAUAUGUUUUUGUAUCAAGCCAUUGCCACUGGAUGCAUAUUUGUGUUAGUGUUAAUAUUUUUCAGGUCUAAGCCGCAACUACCUCCAAGUCAAUCUCAGCUCGACCUACUAUCCAACACCGAGGUUGAAAACGUAUCAUUUUACACAAACAUGAAAAAAAUUGUAAAAGAGAAAAACUUUUGGUUCAUAGUUUUAUCAUUGGGACUAGCAAAUGGAGUUUGGAACAGUUUCGGAGUGCUGGUUAACACGAUUUAUCUCAAUUAUUUUCCAGAUGGUCAAAGUGAUGCUGGUAUAAUAUCCCUUGUUACUAUAAUUUCCGGAGGAUGCAUUGGUAGCAUGAUUUUUGGGUAUUUGUUGGACAAAACUCAUGAGUUUAAGAAAAUUAGUUUUGCAAUUUUAACCUUAUCCGCCCUAUUUUAUUUUCUAAUGUCGGUGACUUUAAUAGAAAAAUCACGAAUUGGUUCAUUUAUUGUCAUACCAUUUUUUGGAUUCUUCAUUGCGCCAGUCUUGAUAGUAGCAUUCGAGUACUUAGUAGAAGUAACAUAUCCAAUUCCAGAAGCAUGUAGUUCGUCCAUUUUUAAUGCAGCAUAUUUUCUACUCAGUAUUAUUGUUACCCUUUUAGUUGAACUCCUUAUCAGUGCCAUAGAUUAUUUGUGGACUUUCGUGUGCAUUUUUUUGACGCUUUGUCUGUGCGUUAUGUUUAUUUUACUUGUAGAUUCAAAUUUGAAACGACGCGAUGCCAAUUUACAGCAUAAUAAUUCUAAUAAUGUAAUGUCUAGACUUUAGUUACUUUACACAUUUAUUGUUUUUUUUAAAUAAAU